CUGUUUACUUUUCAGAAUUCCAAGAAGUGUCACAAAAAUUUGACCCAUCAUGUCUUCUUACAAAAAGAAGCCUUUGAGGUUGCAAGAAAUUUUAGAAGAGAUAGAAAAUUGUAUUGGGGACAAUUCCAGUGGAGAAGAUGACGAUGAAAUGAUAGAAUCAGAAAACCUAAUAACAGUCUACAUACAACCUCCAGCUGACGGGAACGAGACGGAAGAAGAUUCUGGAGAUGAAGAUCAUGUCAAGAUUAGAAAUCUUCCUGGAUCCCAGCUUUUAAGUGAAGGCAAAUACAGAACAAAUGAAUCACCUUCUACCCAAGAUGUAACUCCGCACGUUGGUGUAGAAAAAGAAAAUCCCCCACAGCCGACUACUUCAAAGUCAAUUUUGAAGAAAUCUGGGAAAUCUGAGAGAAAGUCCCUCAAAAUCAGACAGUGGCAUGUAGAUGAUAUCCCUUGCAUGGAAAAACAUACAAGUUACCCUUACAGGCCUUCAGCAGCUGAUCUACCUCGUCAUCCACAUGAAAUAUUUGAGCUGUUCCUAGACACUCUUCCAAUAGAGAGACUGACCAAAGAUACUGUGAUGUAUGCAGUGCAACAUGGAAACCACACAUUUCAGCUUACAUGCAAUGAAAUGAAAGUGUUUAUUAGCAUUUUGUUGCUCUCUGGAUACAACACUUUGCCACGCCGCCGUCUUUGCUGGUCAAUGGAACUUGAUGUUCGAAAUGAGCUUAUAGCAAGUUCAAUGAGGAGAAACCGUUUUGAUGAAAUCAUGAAACAUUUGCAUGCAGCUGACAACACUGAUCUUGAUAAAGAGGACAAGUUUGCCAAAGUGCGUUCUAUUCUGGACAUUCUAAAUGAACGUUUUCUGAAGUAUGGCGAAGUCUUUGGUCCAACUUCAAUAUCUAUCGAUGAAUCGAUGGUCCCAUACUAAACAAUUCAUCCGUGGCAAACCUAUUCGCUGGGGUUAUAAAGCAUGGAUAGCAGCUUCUCCAUUAGGAUAUUCUUAUUUCAUUGAUUUGUAUCAAGGAAAACAUCGAGCAAAGAGUGACAGCUGCUACAGAUACUUAUGGCCUAGGUGGAAAAGUAGUUAUAAAAAUGCUCGAUAGACUUGAGUCUCAGUACCCUGGAAGAAAAUUUUCUCUAUUCUUUGAUAACUUCUUCACGUCAAUCAGACUCUUGGAGACAAUCAAAGAAAGAGGACACUCUGCGACUGGAACAGUUUGUAGCAACAGAACAGAAAAGUGUCCCCUGAGCAAUGCCAAACAGCUUGAGAAACAUUCACGAGGAAGUAAAGAGCAUUUUCUUGAGAAAGACUCAGGUAUUUUAGUAGUAAUGUGGAACGAUAAUGGUGUGGUUACCAUGGCAUCUACACACUAUGGUGUGCAACCUUUCAAACCAGUUCAACGUUGGUCAGUAGCUGAAAGCAAAAGGGUUAUGAUACCAAUGCCUUCAGU